UUGCUGGACACCAUUUCCACAAAAGAACAAUGAGCUGAGGAGAAAUCUACAGGUUCUUGUAUGAUUAGCCACAGCGUGCCCUUGUGUAUGGAUGACUACUCUCUAAUUAGAUACAUCCUUUUGAUCUUGAUGAUAACCAAAACAACCAUCCAUAAUCUUUGGAAUCUUUGGAAAAUAUGCUAAAUACCAUCUUCUUUUCUUGUGUGUUCAUAUUGUGCUUUUCACUUCUAAAUUCCUUUGCUAGGGAUACCAUCUCAUCAAUAAACAGUUCACUUACCGAUGGAGAAACCCUUAUUUCCGCUGAAAACAGAUUUGAACUGGGAUUCUUUGCUCCUGCUGGAAGCUCUGAUACCAAAAGGUAUGUAGGGAUAUGGUAUUACGGAUUAAAUCCAAGAACAGUCAUAUGGGUUGCCAAUAGAAACAAGCCACUUUCGGACGUUGGUGGAUGUUUUGCUGUGCAUGACGGCAACCUCACGGUACUGGAUAAAUCUGGAAAUCUUUUCUGGUCAACAGAGCUUGAAACACCAUCACCAAGAUAUCGGCAUUACUGGGAAGCUAAGCUUUUGGAUUCUGGGAACUUGGUCUUGAGGAAUCAGUUAGCGAUAAUCAUAUGGCAGAGCUUUCAGAACCCAACUGAUACAUUUAUUUCAGGUAUGAAGAUGGACCAGAACAUCGCGUUGACUUCAUGGACUAGUCACGUUGAUCCAGCACCUGGAAAAUUCAAGUUUAAUCCAUAUGAAGACGAUAAGAACCAGUUCAUCAUUAGGAAUGGACAUUUCCCUUAUUGGAGAAGUGGAGUAUCUGGUGAAUUCUUUAGUACAGAUGAAGUAAAUUCCACAGUAGCCUACCUUUUAUUCAACUUUAACAAAAAUGUUUGGCCUCACAGGUCAGAAGGCCAUCCUUUACCCUCCAGUUAUAAUAAGACAAGGAUUGUGAUGAAUUUUACAGGAGAGAUACAAUGUUGGAGCUUGGAUGAGCGGAAUGAAUGGUCAUUAAUUUGGUGGGAACCAAAAGACAGAUGCAGUGCUCUUAAAGCUUGUGGAAGCUUUGGCAGCUGCAAUAACAACAACAAAAUACCCUGUAAAUGUUUGCCAGGUUUCAAGCCCCAACAUCCGGAAGAUUGGAACAAGGGAGAAUUUUCUGGUGGAUGCAAUAGAAAGUCAACAUCAUGCGGCAUGAAUGACAUCUUCUUGAACUUGAAGAUGAUGAAAGUGGCCAACACAGAAUCAAAAUCUGAUGUUAAUGAGACAAAAUGCAGAGAGGAGUGUCUCAGCGAUUGCCAAUGCCACGCUUAUUCCUAUAUUGAAGGUAAUAAUAGUUCUCGGAGAGACGUUGAACCUAGUAGCCCCACCUGCUGGAUUUGGACAGAGGAUCUUAGCAAUCUACAGGAGGACUAUCAUAAUGGUCAUGACCUCUUUGUCCGUGUAGCGAGGUCCGAUAUAGAAUCAACGGCUAGAAAUUGUGAAGCUUGUGGCACGAACUUAAUUCCUUAUCCCCUAAGCACUGGAUCAAAUUGUGGUGAUCCUAUGUACUUGAAAUUCUACUGCAACAACUCCACAGGAAAGCUUAACUUUAAGGUACCUACCGGAACUUAUGAUGUCACCAGUAUCAAUCCAAUUACAAGAACAUUUGUCAUCCAUGCCAAAGAAGCAGAUAAUUGCAAUGCUAGAAAUAGUGCAAUUCUGCAUCUUGACCAGUCAUUACCAUUUAAAGUGAUUAAUGAAACCCACAACUGUAGUGAUGAGGUGGAGAAUUUUAGUGCUAAUAUUUUGUCAAAAGGUAUGGAUGAAAUAGAGAUCAGUUGGGAUCCACCCCCAGAGCCAAGCUGCAGUUCAUCUGCUGACUGCAAGGAUUGGCCAUUUUCAACAUGCAAAGUGACAGGAAAUGGCAUGAGAAGAUGCCUUUGUAAUGCAAACUUUCGAUGGAAUGGAUCAGCGCUGAAUUUUACUUCUGAAAAUACGAGUUAUCCAAAGCAAUUAGCCUCAAGAAGAAAGACACCGUUGCUUUUAAUCAUUGGAGUAACAAUUGCAAGUGUCAUAGUUUUUUCAUGCACCAUUGCUUUCAUAUGCAUAUGCAGAAGAAGGAUGAGAAAAAGACAAGAAAGAGAAAACAUUGAAAGAAAUGCAGCUCUAUUGUAUGGCACUGAGAAACGCAUCAAAGACUUGAUGGGCUCCAAAGAUUUUAAGGAAGAGGACAAGAAGGGCAUAGAUGUACCAUUUUUCAAUUUAGACAGCAUACUAGCUGCCACUGAUAAUUUCUCAGAUGCGAACAAGCUUGGAAGAGGGGGCUUUGGGCCUGUGUACAAGGGUAUAUUUCCAGGGGGCCAGGAAAUUGCUAUAAAGAGACUUUCAAGUGUUUCAGGACAAGGGUUAGAGGAAUUCAAAAAUGAAGUUGUGCUGAUUGCUAAACUUCAACAUCGGAAUCUUGUAAGACUUUUGGGCUAUUGCAUUCACGGAAAUGAAAAGAUUUUACUCUAUGAAUAUAUGCCUAACAGAAGUUUAGAUUCUUUUUUAUUCGAUGAAAAGCUUGGCAUGCUUCUGAAUUGGGAGGUGCGCUUCAAUAUCAUUAUCGGAGUUGUUCGAGGACUUGUUUAUCUGCACCAAGAUUCUAGGUUGAGGAUUAUUCAUAGGGAUUUGAAAACUAGCAACAUUUUACUAGAUGCAGAAAUGAACCCCAAAAUUUCAGACUUUGGCUUGGCAAGGAUAUUUGAAGGCAAACAAACAGAGGGAAGCACAAACAGAGUAGUCGGAACUUACGGCUAUAUGUCCCCAGAGUACGCAUUAGAUGGGCUUUUCUCAGUUAAAUCAGAUGCUUUUAGCUUUGGCGUGGUUGUGCUUGAAAUUCUGAGUGGAAGGAGGAGUACCGGAGUAUUUAAGCCUGAACAAGCUUUAAACCUUCUGAGUUAUGCAUGGAGAUUGUGGAGAGAAGACAAGGCAUUGGAUUUCAUGGACAAGACGAUAAGUGAAAGUUGUAACAGCAAUGAGUUUUUGAAGUGCCUACGCAUCGCACUGUUAUGCGUUCAAGAAGAUCCAGCUGACCGGCCUGACAUGUCAUAUGUUAUUGUUAUGCUCAACAGUGACACUGCAACCUUUCCAGCACCUAAGCAGCCAGCCUUUGUUGAAAGAGAAGGUAUUGCUGAUACAGCUUCUUCUUCAAGUAAACAAGAAAUAAGUACCAUCUCAACAACUGCAUUUGGAGGAGAUACCAUAACUAAGGAUAGUUCUAUCAGUGACAGCAGAGGAGAAACUCUUGUUUCGUUUGGUGAAAAGUUUGAGCUUGGAUUCUUUACUCCUAAUGGAAGCUCAGGAAGGAGAUAUAUUGGGAUUUGGUAUUACAUGUCGAAUCCACUUACUGUUGUUUGGGUCGCCAAUAGAGAUAAUCCACUUUUAGAUUAUGAUGGAGUUUUUUCAAUGGCAGAAGAUGGCAACGUCAAGAUACUGGAUGGGAGGGGGAGAUCUUACUGGUCGACAAAUCUUGGGGCAGAUUCAUCUGUGGACAGGCAAACAAAGUUAAUGGAUACUGGGAACCUUGUUGUCAGCGAUGGGGAUGGAGAAAAUCACUUGCGGAGAACUUUGUGGCAGAGUUUUGAUAACCCAACUGAUACAUUUCUUCCUGGAAUGAAAAUGAAUGAAGAUAUGGCAUUGGUUUCAUGGAAAAGUUAUGAUGAUCCUGCAUCUGGGAACUUUACUUUUCAGCUAGAUCAAGAAGCAGACCAAUUUGUCAUCUGGAAGAGAUCGAUCCGAUACUGGAGAAGUGGAGUUUCAGGUAAAGUUGGCAGCUCCAGUGAGAUGCCUUCUUCAAUAUCAUAUUUCUUAUCAAAUUUCACCUCAACUGUAGCCCACAAUGAUUCUGUGCCGUACAUCACAUCAUCAUUGUACAUAGACACAAGAAUGAUCAUGAGCUUCUCAGGCCAAAUUCAGUACCUGAAGUGGGACACUCAGAAGAUUUGGACCUUGUUCUGGGCAAUGCCAAGAAAAAGAUGCAGUCUUUAUAAUGCUUGUGGAAAUUUUGGUAGCUGCAACAGUAAUAAUGAACUUGUUUGCAAGUGUUUGCCUGGGUUUCAGCCAAUCUCACCGGAAUAUUGGAAUUCUGGAGACUACUCAGGGGGGUGCACCAGGAGGUCACCAUUAUGCAGCGGCAAUGCUGCAAGUGACUCAUUCUUGAACUUAAAAAUGAUGAAAGUAGGAAACCCAGAUUCUCAAUUCAAGGCUAAAAGUGAAUUGGAGUGCAAAACAGAGUGCCUUAACAACUGCCAAUGCCAGGCCUUUUCCUAUGAAGAAGCUGAAAUCACACAACAGGGAGAAUCUGGCAGUGCCAAAUGCUGGAUUUGGUUGGAGGAUCUCAGCGACCUUCAAGAGGAGUAUGAUGGUGGCCGAAAUCUCAAUGUACGUAUAUCAGUUUCUGAUAUAGAUUUAACUUCAAGGAACUGUGGGACUUGUGGUGCAAACAUAAUUCCCUAUCCCCUUAGCACUGGGCCUAAUUGUGGAGAUCCCUACUACUUCAAUUUCUACUGCAACAUCUCCACAGGGCAACUUAACUUUCAGGCGCCAGGUGGCACUUACAGAGUCACAAAAAUCAAUUCACAAAUGCGCAAGUUCGUCAUGCAGACAAAUGAUGUCGAUAGUUGCAAGGCCAUAAAUUCAAAUACCAAAUUUUUACUGCUCAACCAAUCAUCACCAUUUCAUGUGAUUAGGUGGUGUAUGGCUGAUCUGGGAAAUUAUACUUCUGAUGCAUCAUUUACAGGACGAGGUGAAGUAGAGGUAAGUUGGGACCCACCACCAGAGCCAACUUGCUCUUCUCCAACAGACUGCAAAGAUUGGCCAAAUUCGACUUGCCAGGCACCAGGAGAUCGAAAGAAAAAGUGUCUAUGCAAUAUGAACUUUCGAUGGGAUUGCUUGAGAUUGAACUGUACUCAAGAAGGUUACAGGAAGCAAAAAAAUAAACCUUCGAUAGGAAAGAUCCCCGCAUCCCUUAUUGUCGCAGUAGCUUUCGCUAGUGUCAUUGGUCUAGUUGUUCUGUCAAGCACUAUUAUUUUUAUGUAUUUGCAGAGAAGAAGGCUUGCAAUUGUACAAGGAAACAGGGGAACUCUGCAAAGACAUCUAGGCCUUCACUUGUAUAACAGUGAGCGACUUGUGAAAGAUAUAAUUGACUCAGGUAGGUUCAAAGAAGACGAGACAAAAGCCAUGGAUGUGCGAUAUUUUGACUUGGAAAGCAUAUUAGCUGCUACAAAUAAGUUUUCAAAUUCAAACAAGCUAGGACAAGGUGGGUUUGGACCUGUUUACAAGGCUACAUUUCCGGGAGGAGAAGAGAUUGCUGUUAAGAGGCUCUCAAGUGGUUCUGGUCAAGGCUUGCAAGAAUUUAAAAAUGAGAUUGUACUGAUUGCCAAACUUCAGCAUAGGAAUCUUGUCAGGCUUUUAGGCUAUUGUGUUGAAGGAGAUGAAAAGAUGCUACUCUAUGAAUACAUGCCCAACAAAAGCUUGGACUCUUUCAUAUUUGAUCGAAAGCUGCGUGUGACUUUGGACUGGGGGAUGCGUUAUAGCAUAAUUUUGGGAAUUGCUCGUGGGCUUCUAUAUCUUCACCAGGAUUCCAGGCUGAGGAUCAUCCAUAGAGACUUGAAAACAAGUAACAUUUUGCUAGAUGAGGAGAUGAACCCCAAAAUUUCUGACUUCGGCUUGGCAAGGAUUUUCGGAGGCAAAGAAACAGCUGCAAAUACCACCAGAGUAGUUGGAACCUAUGGAUAUAUAGCUCCUGAGUAUGCACUGGAUGGUCUAUUUUCUUUCAAGUCAGAUGUGUUCAGCUUUGGAGUAGUGGUGCUUGAGAUUAUAAGUGGAAAAAGGAACAUAGGUUUUUAUCAACCUGAACAAUCUCUGAGUCUUCUAGGUUAUGCCUGGAAUCUGUGGAAAGAAGAAAAGGCGUUGGACUUUUUAGACCCAACCCUGAGGAAAACCUGCAAUGCAAAUGAAUUUUUGAAGUGCAUAACUGUUGGACUUUUAUGUGUACAAGAGGACCCCUGUGACCGUCCCACUAUGUCAAAUGUACUACUCAUGCUUGGCAGUGAAACUGCUUCUCUUCCAGGCCCUAAACAACCAGCCUUCGUUGUUAGGAGAUGCCCUUCCAGCAGAGCUUCUUCAUCUGGCAAACCAGAAACUUGCUCCAACAACGAGUUAACGGUCACGCUAGAAGACGGCAGAUAGCAGAGAGGUUCUAUAUAUGAGUUUUCACUUUCUAUCCCCUCUGAAAAUUUCAUUUUUAUUUAUGCAUUCUUUGGUUUUAUCCUCCUUUAACUGUAUAUCAAUUAUUUAUGGAAUUGCUUUUAUUUUCAUGUACUGGUCAGGUACUUUGCACACAAAAGUUAUUAAAAUAUUUUUAUUUGAUAUCUGUAA